UGCUUGGAUCAAGUUGCUGGGGCUAUAAAGGUCUCUGACGUGGCUGCGGAGUUGGGAGGAACAGUUCUCCUUGGAAAGAGAAUCAAGAGCCUCUGCCCUGUGCCACGGCAGCCAAAUUUCGGGGUGAGGCGCUAGGUCGGUGGUGGUUAUGCCCGGGUGCUGCUGCAGCAUCUUUUAGGGGAAAGGAGAGCAAGAGGAAAGCGGAGCGUCUCGGAGCAUCCCGCAGCAGCGCGCCAUGCCCAUUGCUCGCCCCACCGGCCGCAUCCCCGAAGCUGCUUGGACUUCUGGCAUCAGGGAGCUAACAGAGCCCUGGAAAGGUGCCUUGGGCUGCCUCGGCGUGGCUGUCUUCUUCGCCAUGACCAUCGGCAUCAUCUCCUGGCAGGCCUUGGAGCAGCCCCCGGAGGAGUGGAUGCUGCGAGGCCAGGCAAGCGGGAUGCUGUGGGAUCGCCGCCGCGGUGCCCUGCUCCUGCGGGCGCUGCCGAUGGGACGGCCACUGGUGUCCAUCACAGUGGGUAGCGUGCCAGCCUCAGAGCCGCCUCCACCGCGGGAUCGGUGCUGGCAGGACGGCACAGAGUUCUGCUAUGCGUGGGAGGAGGAGGCUGAGCUCCGCAUCUCGCUCCAACCCACCCCAGCCCCUGGCACCGAGUGCUAUAGUGUCCGCUGGAACCCGCUGCGCCCUGAUGUGGUGCUGAAGGAUUGCUUCUCCAUGGUCAAUGUCUCAUGGUAUGGAGGUGCGAGCCUCUGUGCCCAGCGUUGGCCCCUCAACAGUGCUGAGAGCCCCGAGCAGCCCUUUGUCAGUGGAGAUUUCAGCAAAAACCCCACUGGGUACGGCCCUGUGCUGGAGAGAUACUUCUUAGGGUCAACAGGAGUGACAGUGACAGUGGCACCUGAUGUGUCCCUGGUCCUCUCACUGGAGAGCCAUUGGCAUUUCUGCCUGGGAGGAGCUGGAGGCCCCCUGCACUACAUCCUCUGCAUCAGCCCCAACAUCACGACCGCACACCGGCAUGUGGGCACCCAGCUGGCAGGGCAAACACGGGCAUUGCCUGAUACAACCCUGCUGUGGUCUCCUAUCUGGCAGUAUGAUGGUCCAGUGGGUUCUGCUGCCAAAAUUAAGCGGGGUCUGAGAUCGCUGGCAAGGAGACUGAAGCGGCAUCGCAUGCAAGAGGGAGUCCUGGCCCUGGGGGAGCAUGGCACUGCUGCACUUGCCACCAUGGACCACGUGCCUGUAGAGCGAAGGAAGAGGCAUGGCGCACCCCAUGCCUGGGACCCAGCAAUGAUCUUCCCGCUGCGGCUCUCCAUCACUCUAUCCCCCUACGCCAGCAUCGCUGCCCCGCUCUUCCUGCACUUGCUGCGGGACGGUGAGACCGGCUACUGGCUGAGCCUGCAGCCCCGCUAUGGGGGCUGCUCGAUCCCGUUGCUGACAACAUGGAAGGGACAGCUUUGUGCCCGCCUGAACAUCACCAAUGAGGCGGCACUGAGCUGGUACUUGUCCCGUGCCCGGGGCCUGCGGCACAAGUUGGGUGCCACAUACGUGAUCUUUGAGGGUGCUGAGGGUAAUGCCUUCCUGGAGCAAGCCGUGUCCCCUCCUGCUGAACUGGCUGGUGACCAAUACGCUGAGAUGCUGGCAGCAGCACUGGUGAAACUAGGGAAUGCCACUGUCAUCAGCGUCGGUGCCAGAUCUAGUCAUCUACCACUCUUUGUCCAGAUGAGCCCACUGCACUCAGACUGGAGCCACGCUGGACUGAAGGGGUUAAUUCCCUCCGCACUGCACUACAGCCUUUUGGGUUACAACUUCUUCAUCCCUGAUACAGUGGGAGGCAGCCUGGCUGGUGACACCCCAGGGGACCCGGAGCUGUAUGUGAGGUGGUUGCAGAUUGUGACGUUCCUCCCUGUGAUGGCCUUUGGCACACCACCCUGGCUCUGCUGUGACUCCUGGGUCCUGAAUCUUACCCGGCAAUGCAUACAGAGGCACAGGGAUUUUGUGGUGCCAGUCAUCAUAAAAUAUAGCAAGGAAUGGCUUAGUUCAGGGUACCCUAUCUUCCGCCCAGCAUGGUGGCUCAGCCCCACGGACCCGACUGCUUUCACCGUUGAGGAUGAAUUUCUCAUUGGAGAUGAGGUAGGGAAUGUAGAGACAAUUUCCCUCAAGGGUAAUUUGGGAAAAUACAGAGCUUCCUGCAGUUGUCCACUCCUGCACGCCCUCUUCAAGUACAAAGCUCAAAUAGAGGGUGCUCAAAACUGAAAUGUU